AUGAAAUAAAAAAAGAAAAUAUUAAAUUUAUUACUUAUUUUAUAUGAAAGCGUUUAUAUAUUAUAAAUUCAAUUAUAUGUAUGUAAUAUAAUUAUUAAAAGCUUUGAUAAAUUUAGAUAUAUUAUUCAAUUUUUUAUAAAAUUUCUAAAAAUAUUUAUAAAUUUUGUUUAACUUACCAUUCAUUCAAUAAUUUUGUGGGUUCUAUUAAAUUAUAGGCGGUUGCUAAUAAAUUUGUUGAUUUUGAUAAGGAAUUUAAUUUUGUUAAAUAGAAGGAUAGUUUGGAUUAAUAGGCUAAUAUUACCCUUAAAAUUGCUAAGGUUAUUAAACAAAGUUUUAAGGAUAUUAAGGAGGAACUUAGUUUUGUAUAACAUAGUAUUACUGUUGAUUCUGAAUAGGUGCACUAUUUAAUAUAAAAAGCUAACAAUUCCCCCUAAUAUGCAUCCACCCAAUUAUGUUCCAAAUUCAUUUGACCAAGUUGUAACUUUUAACGAAGAAAAAUUUAAGCAAGUUGAAUCUACAGAACCACCACUACAAGCUUUAAUGAGGAUUAAUUUUGCAUAUGCUAGAAUUGCAUCAGAUUAAUCUCCAGACCUUGAAUUUAAUUAUGAGCAUGUUGGAUAACUUGAUGAAAUUUCCAGUUAUGUUACUAUGUAGGUUCCAUCAUAAAAUCCUUCGUGA